GAAGAGUUACAAGCGUUCUUUCGUCAAUUCCCAAUUUGUGAUUCAGGUGACAUACAUCCAUUCAAAAAUGGACUGGUUCAAGAUUCCAGUUGUGGCUCUUUUCAAAUUAUUCCGAUAUUUGACACGGACUGAAAUCGAAAUCCUCACGGAAGCGCUUCAGGAUCAGCAGUUCACCCGAUUGGCAAUGAGUUUCUUUUUACAUUUCCCGGCCAAUGUGGAAGGUCAUCCGAAUCCUUCAGUGAUCAUUGAACAAAUCAAAAGACGCUCUGAAAUUCAUCCAACGACAUUGUUAUUGACCGUUGGCCCCCCAAAAGCCUCCACGGAUGCCGAGCCGUUCCGCCCAACGAUUAUGGAAGCCCGCAUAUUGGAGCUGAUAAUGACCAUCGAUAACGACUACCGAAACUGCUUCCUUCCCAAUCGACCUGAGGUACCCAAAAGCUGGACCGGCAAGUUGGUAUUUUUCGUGCCCCCUCGUGAUCGAAGGAAAUGUGAGGACCUGGCGAACAAGCAUUACUUUGAAUUGGUGAAAGUCAAAUUGGAUAACGGACGAACUUACCCGACGGAGAUCAGUGCCCGUGGACAUCAACAGGGUCUAUGCAUCAGUACCUCCAAGGUGAAACUCAUCACUGAUGAGUUCAAACUAAACUACAUUAGGUCCAUGUGGACAUGUUCGCAAGAGAAUCUGCACAUUUUCGUCCAAUUCCGACAGAAGCAAGUGUACUCCAUCUAUACUAUGUCAUUGAAAGUGGAGAAUCCAGAUCUGAAGUUGAGUUUCUCCGUGCAUUCAGAUGCCCCCAAACCUCGGAAGACUAGAUCUAAAAAGAAAUGUGCCACGCAUAAUGGCCGCUGUUAGUAGAUAAAUCUAUGUAUCUACUGCAUCCAAGUACACUGAUGUACAUUGCUUAAAAAUGCUUGGAUUGAAAAACAUAAAUUGUCAAUUUGGUACCGAAUAAAAGUUCAAAUAAACACGAUGUUACA